GAAGGACAGAACGCGGGAGACAGUUCACGGUCUGUUGCACGGGGCCUCCUUUCCACUCCGCUUAGAGGACGCAAUCGGAAAGUGCCAUGGGAAAAUAGAUUGAGAGGCUUACCUGCUUAAAGACUCCGUCCGUACUUUCUUUUCGAGUUUCGAUCGCUACCGGCGCCAUGAACUCGACAUCCCCGCUGAGCAGCUUACACGAGCGCUACGUGCACCUGGCAGACCCACGCACGCGGUCCUGGCCCCUUAUGGGCAGCCCGCUGCCCAUCGUGGCCUUGUUAAGCUUCUACCUCCUGUUCGCCCUACACCUGGGACCCCGGCUGAUGCGAAACCGCCAACCGUUUAACAUCCGACGCCUGGUGGUCGCCUACAACGUCGCCAUGGUCUGCAUGAGCCUCUACUUCAUCUACGUGUCCGUGGAGUACGCUAAACUCAGGAGCGAAGGUUCGCUGCUCUGCUGGCCGUCGGACCCGCGACCUUCGGACGAGAACAUGUACUUUCUGCACCGUGCCUGGUAUUACAUGCUCAUGAAGGCUGGCGAGAUGCUGGACACGCUGUUCUUCGUCCUCCUCAAGAAGGACACCCACCUGAGUUUCUUGCACAUUCUUCACCACUCCCUGGCACUCUGGUCGGUCUGGUUAGUGCUCACGCUGGGACUCACCGGUCAGGUUUAUGCGUUCCCGCUGCUCAACUCCGCCGUCCACGUUGUGAUGUACGGCUACUACGCGCUCGCCGCGUUGGGCCCGAGCUACAAGAAACACCUGUGGUGGAAGAAGUACGUGACGUUGUUCCAGAUUGCCCAGUUUCUGAUGCUCUCUGUGCAUGCUUUGAUACCGGCCCUUGUGGAUUGCGGCUUCCCUAGGAGCCUGGCUUGCGUCGGUGCGUUCGAGGGACUCAUGUUUGCUUGCCUCUUCUCCGAGUUCUACUACGGCGCGUACGUUUUCCGCCGCGGAAAGUCAGCUUGAUCGUGUCCCCCUGUGACAUUCCAAUGACGUGUGAUAGCGAAGCAGGAUGCGAGAGCAUUUGAACCUUUGUUGUUUUGGACGAUACACGAGGAGCAUUCUGGAGUGAAAGAGAACGCAUGUAAGUUAUACGGAAUAUCAGUCUCGUAUACUUUAUGUAUAAAAUUCCUUGGCAAAAGUAAUAUACUUAACGUAUAUCUUGUACUGCUGUGACAAGGUUUCGAAACGUAUCUUUAAAUUAUACUUGUAUUAUACUAUUAAAAUAUACUUUCACUGUUCACAUCUUCGUCGCCAGCCUGAACGAUCCAUGCAGCGCGGAGCCCAGAAAAAUAUUACGCUUGUUUUCGUUGCCGCGCUGUCGUAGCCUUAUAAAUUUCAACUGUAAAAAAAAAAUGUAGCUUUGCUUUUCAAUCACAUCUGAACUACGGUGUAAUUACGGUACGGCUACGCACAUCAGUCAUAUGCUUUAGUUUGAAGAAGUGGUUUUUGAUAACCAAGUAUCUCAGGUACAUACAAAAGUUAAUUUUGAAGAAAGUAAAUUAAAUGUCCAGGAUAUCAAGGAGCGGCACGAAUUCAGCAGUCAGGUCUCUGCAAAGCGAAUACUUUUAUAGUCACCUGUCCUUCAGCCUGCUAACCUUCUCUACUACGCUCGGUGAACCUCGGGCAGAGUCAGAUCGAGGCACGUGACUUCCUGAUAUGUCCUAGAAGCGAGGUCACUCUCGUGAUCUACGUACUAACAACGAAGCAGAGGAGAGGGUUGUGUGUGUGGAGAGGCCAUGGGUAGCUUCGUAGCCUAUGGUGUCUUUUUUUUGUUUUUUGGUCUCCUUCUGUACGUUUUCAUGGCUACAAGGGAAACUUUCGAAGUGGAACAUUGCGGCACUUGUGGGUCCGCGUCCAAGCUCGUUUCAGACGUGAAAUGAUAUUUGUAUCAAAAACUGUGCCUUGAAGUGCUCUCCGAAAUAAUGCUCUCGCCCUGUCUUGUUCUAUGGUUCUUAUACCUCAUGCCUGGAAUACGAGGUGUGGAAAGGUACCUAAAUUGCAAAAAAAUAUACACAGAAAUAAAUAUGCAUUACUGUUUUUCCGACAGUAUAUGCGACCUGCCUACAGCCCUUCGUCACUGUGAAGUUUACCUGUUUCUAUUUUUGGUUUUCUGUUCUGACUCACUCCAGUUGUCUCAUGAAAUCAGCCCUAUUACGUGGCCAAGAAUGAAUAGAACUUCGUUUACGUCAAAGCGUUAAAUUUGGGCUGUUUUAUAUAGAAUUAGUAGGAUCAUGUCGAACGCUACCAACAGAGGCUCUUUGCUUUACAACGCUGGCUGACAUUAUUGGUGAUGUGCUUUAAUAUCAGAGAUUUUGAAUGGUGAGUUUAUUGAGGUUCCAUCACUCGGAAUUGUUUUCCAAGUUUCUCUGUUCCUCUGCAUAAAUGAGAGAUGCGUCUUCGAGGUAUUGACAGCAAAUAGAAGCAUUUAGCUGGCGUAGAAAAUGCAUUGUUUUACCUAAUCUCGUCGAUCCACCUUCCGUGUUACCCAUAGUUGCGGUGCCCACAAGGAUUUUGGAGGUUAAGAAUAUCUUUCGGGCGCACUAAACUAUUUUAUUGUUAAUGAAUUGAUCAACCGAAACAAAAACGGGUGGCGGCUUGUACUGCAUAUUCUAGUCUUCGACACUGCGGACCCCUAAUCCCGUGACGGUCCAGAACGGUGGUCUUCAGCCACUCAGGUUUCGGGAACUUCUUCUUGAUAGACGGAAAGGGUAAGGGAUCCCACACGCCAGAGGGGAUGGGGAAAUUGGACGAUUCCGAUUCCGAAGGGGUAAAUAAAUAAAACAACAUUUUUGAAAAUUACCUUAAAGCUCUGCAACAGAAUAUAAUCAGCCCUAAUUACCUUGGCGCACAUGGUUUCGUUUAUUUAAAUUUGUGGGACAUAGCAUUAGUUAAAAAAAUCUUUUAUUGAUCGGCUUGAAAACAGUUGAGGGCUUCGGGAACCCCAAGAAGGCCCUUAGCGCGUCCUAAGGGUCCGCGGAACCGCAUUUCAGAAGCACUCGACAAGAAGCUGAUUGAGCUCAAGCAUUGAUCCAUAGCCAUAUAAAGACCCAAACUUCUACAAAACAACCUUCUUCAGGGUCACACUACGUUUUUGAAGCCUUAGUUCUUGCUCAGUCAGUGUUUUGUGUUACCAUCCGCCAUUUGCUGAUUCGUCUGGUUCCGCGGCUUUUCGCUUCGCCAGCCAAAACAGCAAAGCGUCAACUCCCUAACUGCGCAAAGCCUACCGACUAAGAUAGGACUUUAGAUACCCAUCUACUGAGGCGUUUCCGAUAGCACUUGUCUCCCGCCUUUUUUUUAUAACUAAGUUUCAACUGAAUCGUAUGAUACCCAUCUUCAUGGAUAUGAAAUAUAUACCAACGCAGUUAUGUUCCAAAUUGCAACGUCAUUUUAAUUUAUAUUGUUAUUGUCUUUUUAUGCUGCGUAAAGCUGCCUUACUGCGUUUUAAUAUUCCAGUAUUUGUGUUAAUUUCUUAAGAUAUAAAUUAUUAACGGGCACUAAUCUAUCUUUGGUGUCAAUAAUUAUCGAGGGAUGCCCUCGUAUUAUCUGUUACCAUCCCCUCUGUCGAGCACAGUCUAAGGUGUGCGUUUUGCUCUCACGUGUACGGAUGUCGUUUUGUUUUCAGUUUUCGAGCACAAAAAACACCGCCUGUUUGUCCUUAACAUUCCGAACCCCAAGGUUGUCUCCUGCAGAAACGUAGCAUUUUAUUUAAGAAGAGAGAAACAAACAAAGACCUGAUGCCGGAUUCCUGGACAUACACCACGCCUGUUUGUGGUAAUACCUUUCUACAGCUUGCGUUGUUUGCAUCCUAUGUGACUUCGCAAUAGAAUACGUAGAUUUGGUGCCUUUCCGAGGUGUUCUAUGCGCUUUGACAUUAUUAAAGUUUCCGCCAUGCGUCGCGAUUUCACUUAUCGUUCUCCUUUCAGCAUUUAACUUUGUGAAAGUUUCAGGCGUCUUUGUGACUCAUCAGCAGAACGGGCUGUGAAUUUGAAAUAUUCAAGGCAACAAAACAUUGUCAAAAUAGUUUGCAGAACACCAAAAAAGCGUUACAUGCAGUUAGGCUUUAAGUUCACUUGUGCGGCUAUUUAAUAUGGAAACGGGUAACGACCAAAACGGAUUGCCACAUUUUUGAACGAUUUUUUAUACAAGAAACAAAUAAAACAAUGCGCA